UUCGCAUCACUGAAGGCCAGCUGCCGCUACUUCCCGCGCAUUUUCUUCGACCCAGGUAGGUCGAGAUCCGUUUCGCUUGCAUUCCGUGUUUUCACUCGCCGCAAAGCCUCCGUAGCAACACCAUCCAGACAACGUGGAACCUCCCGCUGAUCCCAAGACCGGCAUUAUUUCCAUUUUUCGGAGACAAAAAUUGUGAAAAUACAAGAUAAGAUGCCGCGCAGAAAGGCCCUGACGAACAACAAUAAUGCCGGUGAGUCGGAGCCGCCGAAGGCGAAGCGCGCCAGGAUCGCCUUUCAUCUGGAGCUGCCGCAGCGGAGGAGCGUGCUGGGCGACGUGCUGGUCUGCGGCAACGGGGAUGUGGGCCAACUGGGCCUCGGCGAGGAUAUCCUGGAGCGCAAGCGCCUCAGCCCGGUGGCCGGAAUCCCGGAUGCCGUGGACAUCUCCGCCGGCGGCAUGCACAACCUGGUGCUGACCAAGACGGGCGAGAUCUACUCCUUCGGCUGCAACGACGAGGGCGCCCUGGGUCGCGACACCAGCGAGGAUGGCAGCGAAGCCAAGCCGGGACCCAUCGAUCUGCCCGGCAAGGCUCUGUGCAUUUCGGCGGGCGACUCGCACUCCGCCUGUCUGCUGGAGGAUGGACGCGUCUUCGCCUGGGGCUCGUUCAGGGAUUCGCAUGGCAACAUGGGCCUCACCAUCGACGGCAACAAGCGUACGCCCAUCGAUCUGAUGGAGGGCACUGUCUGCUGCAGCAUCGCCUCGGGCUCCGAUCACCUGAUCAUCCUGACCACCGCCGGCAAGGUAUUCACCGUGGGCUGCGCCGAGCAGGGACAACUGGGCCGGCUCUCGGAGCGUUCCAUCUCCGGAGAGGGUCGUCGUGGCAAGCGCGACUUGCUGCGGCCCACGCAGCUCAUCAUCACGCGGGCCAAACCCUUCGAGGCCAUCUGGGCCACCAACUACUGCACAUUCAUGCGCGAAUCGCAGACGCAGGUCAUCUGGGCCACGGGGCUGAACAACUUCAAGCAGCUGGCCCACGAGACGAAGGGCAAGGAGUUCGCAGUGACGCCGAUCAGGACGGAGCUCAAGGAUGUUAAAAACAUCGUGGGCGGUCAGCAUCACACUGUUGUCCUCACCAAGGACCUCAAGUGCUCGGUGGUCGGUCGUCCGGAGUACGGACGCCUCGGACUGGGCGAUGUCAAGGAUGUGGUGGAGAAGCCCACGCUGGUGAAGAAGCUAACCGACAAGAUCGUGGAAGUGGGCUGCGGCGAAGUCUGUUCCUAUGCCGUUAGCGAGGAUGGCAAACUGUAUUCCUGGGGCUCCGGCGUCAACAAUCAACUGGGCGUUGGCGAUGGCGACGAUGAACUCGAACCGGUGGUGGUGGUCAGCAAAAAUACCCAGAACAAGCACAUGCUGCUCGCAUCCGGCGGUGGCCAGCACGCCAUCUUCUUGGUCCAGGCGGAUAAGCAGGAGGAAAAGGAGAAUGUACCGGCGAAGGCUUCCGGCAGCAAGAAGGACAAGACGCCGCCGCAGGAGGAGGAGGCCGAGAAAUCCGUCCCAGUUAAGCAGGAGAAGGCGUCCGGUAGCAGCAAAAAGAACAAGACGCCGCCGCAGGAAGAUGCCGACGAGGAGGAGGCCGAAGAGGAGCCCGCUCCGGCGGCUCCCACUGCCAAGAAGGCCAAGAAACCGGCUGCCAAGCGAGGCGGCAAAAAGACAUAAGAUUAAGGAUGAACACUCUGACACUUUGUUUUUGGUCGCAUUAAGUUACAAACCCGUACGCUUAUUCGUAAGAUUCGUAAGAUAGAUCGGAUGUUUUGCCUAUUAUACGUUAAGAUUUACGAACUGAAUCCUGUUAAGUUCUUAUUAAUUUGAUAAAUAGAUGCCCGCUUAUAUCUUACAAGUCUUAAUCAAACCAA